AUGGCCGCGAAGUCGGAUGGAGCGGCGGCCGCGGCCGGCCCGGGGCCCGAGGGGCCGGCGGGAGCAGCCCGGGGCGGGGCAGGAGGGCGCGGGGAGGUAGCGGCGGAGAUCGCGGGCCCGGGCCCGGCGGCGGCGGGGGGCCCGGGGCCGCGCUACGAGCUGCGAGACUGCUGCUGGGUGCUGUGCGCGCUGCUCGUGUUCUUCUCCGACGGCGCCACCGACCUGUGGCUGGCGGCCUCCUACUACCUGCAGGGUCAGAACACCUACUUCGGCCUCACCUUGCUCUUCGUGCUCCUGCCCUCGCUGGUGGUGCAGCUUCUCAGCUUCCGCUGGUUCGUCUACGACUACUCGGAGCCCGCGGGGACCCCGGGACCCGCCGUCAGCACCAAGGACAGCGACAUCGGCGGAGCCGCCAUCAGCACCAAGGACAGCGCUGUCGCCUUCAGGACCAAAGAAGGCAGCCCGGAGCUGGUCCCCCGGCCCGUGCAGUCCUCGGCCAGCACCUACCGCCGCCGCUGCUGCCGCCUCUGCGUCUGGCUGCUGCAGACCCUCGUUCACCUCCUGCAGCUCGGCCAGGUCUGGAGGUACCUGCGCGCCCUGUACCUGGGGCUACAGAGCCGCUGGCGCGGGGAGCGGCUGAGGCGCCACUUCUACUGGCGGAUGCUGUUCGAGAGCGCGGAUGUGAGCAUGCUGCGUCUGCUGGAGACCUUCCUGCGCAGCGCGCCGCAGCUGGUGCUGCAGCUCAGCCUGCUGGUCUACCACAGCCGACAGCCAGACCUGCUGACUGCCCUCUCCAUCUCUGCCUCCCUUGUGUCCCUGGCCUGGACACUGGCAUCCUACCAGAAGGUGCUGAGAGACUCCAGAGACGACAAGCGGCCCCUGUCCUACAAGGGUGCGGUAGCCCAAGUACUAUGGCACCUGUUCACCAUUGCAGCCCGAACCCUGGCUUUCGCCCUCUUUGCCAGCGUCUACAAGCUCUACUUUGGCAUUUUCAUCGUAGCCCACUGGUGCAUCAUGACCUUCUGGGUUAUCCAGGGUGAGACAGACUUCUGCAUGUCCAAGUGGGAAGAGAUCAUCUACAAUAUGGUGGUGGGGAUCAUCUACAUCUUCUGCUGGUUCAACGUCAAGGAGGGCCGCAGCCGCCGCCGGGUGACCCUCUACUACUGCAUCGUGCUGCUGGAGAACGCAGCUCUCACUGGCUUCUGGUACUCCAGCCAGAACUUCUCCACUGACUUCUACUCACUCAUCCUGGUCUGCGUGGUCGCCUCCAGCUUUGCCCUGGGCAUAUUCUUUAUGUGUGUCUAUUACUGUCUCCUGCACCCCAAUGGGCCCAUGCUGAGGCCCCAGGCACCUGGCUGCAUCUUCCCUGAAGCCCCAGGGCCCUGUGCCCCUCCAGCUGAUGCCAUCACAAGUCCACCAAGAUCUCUGCCAAGGACUACAGGCCCUGAGCGGGACGGGGCCUCGGUGGGAGGUGAGCGAGCUGGGACUCCUACGCCACCGGUCUUCCAGGUGCGACCCGGUUUGCCUCCCACGCCAGUGGCUCGCCCCUUGCGGACAGAGGGGCCUGUCAUUCGGAUUGACUUGCCUCGGAAAAAGUAUCCAGCAUGGGAUGCUCAUUUUAUUGACCGCCGGCUCCGGAAGACCAUUCUGGCUUUGGAGUAUUCUUCACCUGCCACGCCCAGGUUGCAGUACCGGAGCAUGGGCACCUCCCAGGAGCUGCUGGAGUAUGAGACCACAGUGUAG